AUGCACCAUUCGAAAGACACCUCAGCAGCCCAGGUUCUGACCCUGCGAACGAUGUUCACCGACGUGGGAAGUCCUCGCACGGAGGCUCUUCACGCCAUGCCCAGUGGAGUCGUUGUGAGCACAUGUCCGCUACGCGAGGAGGCACAGCCAGAAGCAAUUAAGAAGGCCAAGUUUACUAGGACCCUGAGAAACACAGAAGGCCAGGCCCUCGUUCAGAAAUUGCUUGGGAAAUCGGGAACGAAGAAGAGCGAGGAUAAUGAGACCAUGGCUUGGGUUAACGGACAGGAUAAUGUGUGGAUCGCUGGUGCUUGGUGCUGGGAUGGCAUGGUUCUGCUGGAAGGAUGCGUCGUGUCGGCCAUUAGGGUAGCUCAAGAUUUUGGCGUAGCGAUUCCGUGGGAACAGAAUUAA